UUUUUCGGUUCCCUGCGGCCCGCCGUGUCUCUUUCUCCGGAACAGUCCAGCCGCCCCGCGUCAAGCAGCCACGAUGGUUCUACCCAGGGUCUUCUUCGACAUCACCGCUAACGAUGCUCCGUUGGGCCGGAUCGUCAUGGAGCUCCGCUCCGACGUGGUGCCGAAGACGGCGGAGAACUUCCGCGCUCUGUGCACCUCAGAGAAGGGCUUUGGCUACAAGGGCAGCUGCUUCCACCGCAUCAUCCCAGACUUCAUGUGCCAGGGAGGAGACUUCACCAACCACAACGGAACCGGCGGGAAGUCCAUCUACGGCAACAAGUUCGCCGACGAGAACUUCCAGCUGACGCACACCGGCCCCGGCAUCCUGUCCAUGGCCAACGCCGGGCCCAACACCAACGGGUCGCAGUUCUUCAUCUGCACAGUGAAGACCACAUGGCUCGACGGGAAGCACGUGGUGUUCGGCAGCGUGGUGGAGGGGUUGGACGUGGUGAGUAAGAUGGAGAAGUACGGCACUGCGUCAGGAAAACCCAAGGCUAAGCUCGUCAUCGCCAACUGUGGGCAGCUCUAAACUCCUGCGGGACCACCCCCUCCCCAAUUUCACCCAGACCUCGUCCCCCUCAGAUCUCCCCGUAGACGUGCCCCCUUAGGCUCCGCCCCCUCCAUGAAUCAACAUUCCUCUAAAUGGAGACUCGGCCGAUCCAUCCCCUCUUUUUGUAUUCUGUUAAAAACAUGUUGCUGCAUUUGUGACUGCCUUUAAGUUUCUUUUGCAUUAACGUUUUCCACAAAGUCCCGACGGUUUUUGUUAAAUCUUGAAAGUGGGUCAAAUAAACGAUGCCUUGAUAAUGAU